UACAUUUUCAUCUCUAGAUUUCUCAACAACCAGAUGAAAUCAUUCUAACAGGAGUGGCAGCUGGUAUAAUGGGAUUCUUUGCAUUUUCUUUAAUACCUGUAUGUUUUGAACUUGGAGUGGAAUGUACUUAUCCUGUGUCUGAAGGGACUAGUGCUGGAUUUAUAUACAUAUCGGGUCAAAUACAAGGAAUAAUUUUAGUCAUUGUGAUGCAAGCACUGGGUCGACCUUUAUCGGCCAGACAGAAUGCUACUCAAGACUGUGAUUUAUCCACGGCAGAUGCAAUUGAACCAAAAGACAUGACAAUUUCUGUACUGGUGUUUUCUGGCAUAGCUAGUUUAGCAGCAUGCAUCUUUAUUAUAUUCUUUGACACACCAUAUAAGAGACACAAAGCCGAGGAAUGUGAAGCUGCUGAACGGAUAUUGAACUUUAGCAUCAACUCAAAACAGAGGGAACAAAGGCAAUACUUGUCAGCGUGAGACUGUAUUCAAAAUGAGUCGUGUAUUUGUAGAGCCGGC